UCAACCUUCCAAUAUCAUGGAGGUGUGGUAAUUUUGGGCCUCAUCCAUGUGUAAGAAACCAAAUUGAGGUAGCUGCUUUGGCACUAGUACAUCGGAUGCUGAAAGAAGUACACAACAAAUUGUGGGCCAGUUGGAUGUUUCGCAGUCAACAGUAUGGCAUAUGUGGGAUGGAAAAGGCCUGCAAGCUUACCACAAAGCUAAAGUUCACAAGCCGGACGGAAGGCCUUGCACAGAAUUUUGUGUACUGUUUCAUGCAUGGGAAAAGGAUACUAACUUUACUUCCAUGGUCGUGUUUACUGACAAAGCAACAUUUAAUGAAGAAUGAUUCUUUAGCAUCAAAAAUAACAUUUAUUGGUCCAGUGCUAAUCCACAUCAAAUGGACAAGCAUGGACACCAUGACAAAUUUAAGAUUAAUGUAUGGGCGGGUAUUUUAGGCAACCAAAUAAUAGGACUGCUCAUUUUACCUGAUAAUUAAAAUGGCCAUAAUUGCUCAGUCUUUUUAAGGAAUGAUUAUCAGAGCCGCUUGAAGAUGUUCCUCCAGAAGUAAGCAACCUGCGGCUAUAGCAGGAUAGAGCUCCACCACAUUAUGCCAUUGCAACAAGACAGUACUUAAAUCAGGUAUAUCCAGAUAGUUGGAUAGGGCGCGAUGGACCAAUUUGCUGGCCAGCAAGAUCCCAGGAUUUAAACCCACUAGAUUUUUUUGUUUUGUGGUCAUAUGAAGGAGCUGGUUUUAGCACCCCAGUAGAGUCCCAAAUGGACCUGACAGCCUGCAUAGCCAUUGCCAAUGCGGUAACCCAAAAUACAGGGGGUAUUUUUGAACAUGUGCGUGAAGGAAUGAUUGAGCGAUGUAGUACUUGCAUUCAAGCAAAUGAUUGAAAUUUUAAAUACCUUUUGUUAAUAUGAUCCAUUGUAAAUGUUGAAACUACAGAAUAAUUGUCCUCGCUGUAGCCAAGCAAAAGCCAUUCUUAUUUUGUGUUUCUUUCCUUUUGUCCCUUCCUUUUUUGUUUACAGACAUUAUUGUGUAAAGAAAACAUAGGUCAUUUAUUGGUAACGACACAAAUCGGAAACUUAUAUUUGUUUUACAGUACUUUGCAAUAAACCAGCGAAGACUGUGUGACUGGUAAAUAAAAAAAUAAAUUUUACCUCAAUGUACACACACAAUUGUCAUAAUGCAGUGGGAAAAAUAUUGCCUGCCAGACAUACGACUUGAACCUCAAGCCCCAUGCACUAAAGUCAUGCACAUAGGCCAGGAGCUGCACCAACAUGAACGCUCGACUUGACUGGUAAAAUAAGGUAUGCAAAUGGUGUUUGUGCCAUAAGGUAUGUCACCUGGCAAUGUCACAUGCUCAACAUUUGUCUUCCACUUUUGGAGAUUUCCUGACAUUUGUGGCCCGUGUGUCUUACGUUGAAUUACUUAUCUCUGUGUCAUGUACAUCACUUUGGAGGUAUCCAAACAUUAAUAAGAAUCACCCUGUAUUUCCAUCAUGAGUGGGGUUCUGAAGUAUCUGUUCCAAGUAGAUUUCAUAGAAAGCAUUUAGUAACAUUUCACAGGAUGUCUUAUCUUGCCCACCACUAACAAAACUGUAAUUUUCUCAAUUGAUUGAUGAAUGAUUAAAGCCUGCACCAAUGAUUACAGUAUGCUUGAGGGACCUACUUACAAGCACACUUGGUUUUCUGUAAAGUUUCUGGUUGCAUCAGGAAGUGAGACUGGUGGUUGAUAGAAGGAUCCAGUUACAGUUUUAUGGCCACCACUGCUGAUACUGAGUCUUGAACAAACGAUCUCACAUGCAGCUUCUAUUUCUAUGUUGGUAGAUUUCUGUGUCUUACCUAUAGCGGCAAAUAUAUUGCCUCCAUUUUCUAUUAGCCUAUCCUUUCGACAUACACUUAAAUUUUCCCCAAAAAUUCCACAGCUACCAGCUUUAGGUUUUAAACAGCUUCAUGUGCCUAGUGAGCUUUGCUACUUUUCAGGAGCACCUCAAACUUUUGGAAUUUUGUUGUGAAUACUUUGGCAGUUAACUACCCGGGAGAGGGACAUUCCUUCGGGUCUUACACUCAUAAUCCUGUCUCUCCUACAGCUUUCAUUAUCUGACCGUAUGGAGAGUAGCGUACUCCUUGCGUCCACCCCACACACACAGUCAGUUACCUAGGCAGCAGUCCCUGAUGUGUAGUGCACACCCGACUCAUUUAGGAGGAUCCUACAGUUCUCAACCAUAUGGCGCAAGUCUUGGGAGUCGCAGCCUAGCUUUUCACAGAACAUCCAAAGUCUCUGGUUCAAUCCUUCCACUUGACUUGGAAUCAGGGGGCCACUAUCAGUUCUGGGACAAUGCUGUAAAUUGUGAGCUUUGUUGAAACUCGGUGCGCAAGACUGGUGUUCACAGGCUUAUCUGCUAGUCACUGGAAUGAUCCAACCAUGACCUUGGAGUACAAACAACAGGCAUUACUUGUUCCAAUGUGUGUCACAGUCUGCAGUUAAUUGCAGUCUGUUCCUUCAACGGCUGCUGAAAUAGCCUCUUCAGCGUUUUGACUGAGGCCUCCAGGCAUACACACUGGGUGCACCUGGUGUUGAUUUCUGUUCCUUGCUGCCAUUUCUCUCAGGAAUACCAUUAUUUGCUGUACAUUUGAAUGGCCGACGAUUAAUAGAUUUUCUUGCACUUGACCCAAGACAAAGCAGGUUUCCCAACAGGUGAAGUGAGUCCCACUGAGCUAGUUUCAGAUCGGUAUAACACUCUGUCCUCACAGUUUCUGUCCACCCUGUGGAGGAUGCUACUACUUGCAUACCACACAGUCAAGUGGAUGAGUAAUGACAGAUCCCACACUUCCUGCAAAGGAGACAGGAUCCGCAGGAGAGGAUAGUACACGAAGUACCUCUGGUAAAUUGACUCCUGUGAGCUGUCCCAACAUACCAGUUUGCAGCAGCUGCCAAUCAUUUGACAGUAAUAAGAGCAAUUUCCAGCUGCUUACAAAUGUCACCUAACUCAUCACAUGUUUAAGUAUGGCAUUCAGUGAGCCUGCAUUGUGGAUGGUGCAGUGUUUUCCAGGACACUGGGCCAUUCUUUGUUUUGGGAUGAUAACACCAGUGAUAAGAGUACUUCAGGUGGGACCAAUGACUUAUGGUCGUGCCUGUCAUCUACAGAGAAUACUGGCAAAAGAACACACAAAUGGCAACCCUCAGCUUGCUGGUACAUUAAUUCUUGUUGAACAUCCACCAGUGUAUACCAUUGGCAUCCGGAAGAGGGAGGAGUAUGCUCAAGAUCAGUCACGUCUCUGUGCACUGGGUGCAGAAUUCCAUGUAGUGGAUCGUGGAGGCUUGGUUACAUUUCAUGGACCAGGUCAGAUGGUAGCUUAUCCUGUGCUUAAUCUCCGCUUUUGGAAAGGAGGUUUACGAUCAUAUGUGUCUAGGUUGGAGAAUACUGUAAUACACACAAUCAGUAAUGGAUUUGCACUGCAAAAUGUCGAAGCGAGGCCUGCACCAUACACUGGCGUCUGGCUUGGUAAUGCAAAAAUUUGUGCUAUUGGGGUACGAGCAAGUCGCCAAGUUACAACACAUGGACUAGCACUCAAUUGCUGCGUAGAUUUGGACUGGUUUAAGCACAUCAUUCCUUGUGGACUUGAAGGCUGUGAAGUAACCUCAUUGUCUCAACAGUUAAAACGAAAAGUUGAGAUUGAGGAAGUGGUACCUUAUUUCCUUACUGCUUUUGCUACUGUCUUUCAAUGCCAUCUUGCAGAUUAUCCUGCAGCAGAGAAACAGAAACUAUAUGUAGAAAUGUGAAAGAACUGACCUUAUGUUGUGAAACUCAUGCUUUGUAUUUAUAAAAAUAAAUGAGAAAUGUGUUGUUCUCCCACCUGCUUGCUGAGGGAGGGAAUAAUUCUUCAUUGGUCUCCCCUGGGAUGCAAAAUAUCUGAUGGAGAUCUAAUGAAUGAUCUUGUCUGUUAUGUAAUGUGUGAGGUUUUUGCAACAUUUAUUUUCCUUACAGUCAACUGUUUUGUUUUGAUAGAAUACAUAAAGAUUUGUUUUGUAAUCACUUGUGUAUAAAUUGGCUGAAAAUGUAAUUUCCUUGUAUUACUAAGUUUCAAACAUUAAGCAAGAAAUGAGAAACCAAUAUGAGCAUAAUCUGUGAUGAAAUAUCUGAAACAGAAGGAAAGAAUACUACCUGAUUCUUUAGCAACUUACUGAGAUCUGAAGAAAGAUGCGCUCAGCAUAUACAAUAACUGUUGAACACUGUGUAGGCUUAUAAACAAGGUGCUAAUGACAGUAAAACAGCUUGCAUUUUUCUACA